GUGACAUAUUUUGAAUGAGUCCAUCGUGAGACCAGAAAAAUUUAUUAAUUUAUGAUAUUUAUUAAUUUAUCAAAUUUGUUGAGUUUCUACUAUACUAUACAAUCAAACCUUUUGACUCUACAAUUUAUACAAUUAGUUAUGUUAAAGCUUGGUUACAUUGGUGCAGAAAGCCAUGUAAGCCUUGGCUUGCAUUACAUAGGAAGAGAUGAGUACGUUCCAAGACAAAAUGAUGAAAAAGUCGUAGGGGAAGCCAUAAAGGAUUAGCGUGGGAGAUGAAACUCAAGAGAAAGAGCACUGAUUUUGUUAUAUGAACAAAAUUGACCCUACUUUCCAACUUUAUUUGUCAGUUUUUUUUCCUUAGACUAUGGUUUAAACAGAGUCUCUGAUAUAAGUGAUGUCUCACAUUAUUUAUAGGCUUAAGUCAAAAAAAUACUAACAGUAUAUUUACUAAUAUUAAAAAGUAGUUUUAAAAAUUGAGAGCUAUUUAUAUAUAUAUAUAUAUAUAUGUCUCAUAUUUAUUUUGAAAUUAUAAGCUCUAAAUUUAAUAAUAUAUCUAAUUUUUAAAAUUUAAACCAUAGUUUAUAUAUUUAUAAUCUAAAUUUUGUUUCAACUCAGGAAUAUAUGUUUGAAAUCACUUCACCCGCUAAUGUUUAAACCACAGUCGGUCAAACUUUAAACCCUACCAAAUUGAAAAGAAACAUUCAAAGAGAUGUGCCAAGCUUUUUGCAAUCUUCCUUUCUUUAUUUUUAAGGAAAUUCAUUACAAUAAUAGUUCGUCUAUAGUGCAAUGGUAGUGUUGGUGUUACUUAGUCUAGUGGUAGUGACUUCGAAGCUCCAUACCAGCAUAAAAUUACUAUCAGGCGCUAAAUAUCUCUGUUACAAAAAAAAACAAAUUCAUUACAAUUGGGAGACACAUUCAAAGAGAUGUGCCAAGCUUUUUGCAAUCUUCCUUUCUUUAUUUUAAAGGAAAUUCAUUACAAUAAUAGUUCAUCUAUAGUGCAAUGGUAGUGUUGGUGUUACUUAGUCUAGUGGUAGUGACUUCGAAGCUUCAUACCAGCAUAAAAUUACUAUCAGGCGUUAAAUAUCUCUGUUACAAAAAAAAAAACAAAUUCAUUACAAUAUAAAAACCGUACAAAAAUCUGAAGUUAAUGUGAACCGUGUUUUUACCAAUGAUUGUCUUGGGCAUGCGUUACGUUCAAAAGUAGAGAGAAAGUUUUUUUUUUGUCGACAAAAGUAGAGAUAAAGUAGUAAAAAUUUCUAGAACUUUUCUCAUUAAUAAAACUGAACAACUAUAUAUAUAUAUAUAUAUUAUAUAAUAUAUUUAUAUUUAUAAAAUAAUAAAAACGCACACGUGCAUGUAUUUUUGCGUGUGCUCACAUGUAGAUGCCAAUUUGCCAAGAGAAACUCGGUGCUGUAUAUUAGAGUUUAUGUUAACAAAUAAUAUUUUCAGUAAGGAACAAGUUUUAAAAGUCGACAGGACUAAAAUUUUUGUAACCGAAAUUUCUUUAUUAAUGCUAGCUUUUUGCAAUGAAAUGAAAGUGCGAAGAAAAGCAAAAGGGCUUUUUGAUUGCAAGUUUGAGACUAAGAGCGUCCGUAACGGGGGUUCACAAGCAAUCCUUAGCACAAGUACAUAGGUUAGUCGUAAUAUAAUAAUAAUAAUUAUGUUAAUAUUCCUAAGGAUUGGUCCGUCGGGAAGGAGUUUAAGGAGUUGAUCCUUAGCUACGUGGCAACAGCUGAGUGGGAUUGGCUCAGUUUGUUUUUGGUUUUGGUUUAAAAAAAUUGGUCAUUCUCGACCGAAAUUGAAAAAAAAAAACGAGACCUCGAGGAAAGACGAUAUUUGGGGGAUUGAAAGCGAUCGUCUUCACGAAGGUUAACCAAAUGGGCCAAGAUUACAGCUACUCUCAGCCUUCUUCAUCAUCAAACUCUAUAGACAUGAGCUCCCUUCUUGAAGCUGAAGCCAAGAUGUACGCGGAUGAAGCUGAGAGUCCCUACUGCAAUGCCGAGCCGGAUCAGUUCCCACCCCAACCAGAGGCUGAUGAUGGAAUCCCUACGGCUUGCUACUGUGGUGCUCAGCCUGUUGUCAAAUGCUCUUACACAGCUAAGGAUCCAUACCGAAGAUACUUCUCGUGCCCCAAUGUCGAUGAUGGUGGCUGCCACAUAUGGAAAUGGUGGGAUGUGGCUUUAACGGAGGAGCUGAGUGAGGUUCAGAGACAUGUCAGACAGCUCAAGGAUCAAGCUUUUGAGUGUGACCAGAAGAUGCUUAAGCUACAGAAGACGGUGUGUGAGGUGAAGAAGAAAUCAGAGAAUACAAUUGUGUUUGCAUUGGCAGUUUGUGUAAUGGUGGCCGCAAUAGUAUUCAUGGGUUUGGCUGCUAUGUACCUGAGUGGUAAGUAUCUCUCUUGUGCUAUUUCCUUGUUUCUUGAUGACAUUUUUAAAAAACUUUUGACUGUGUGAUUUAAUGGUUAUGCAGGAAGAGCUUCCAAGAAGUAAAGCAGAUCAACUACUAAAGGUCAAGAGUGUCUUUAUAAUUAAGGUAUGAUUCCUACUCUCUUCUGUAUGAAAUGAUUUGUAUCGAAAUGCUUUAGAAUUGAUUUGCUUUAGUAAUGAAUGCAAGUUAGUAUUGAUUGUGCUUGUAUUGAUUGUGCUUGCGCAUAAAUGCUAGUUGUUUGGUUUCUACCUUCCUACCGCCUUUGAUAUGAUUGUUUUAAAUGUUUUAGUACUUUGCAAAUGGGUGUUACUUUGAAUUGAUUGUUUUAAAUGUUUUACGCCUUUAGUUAGCUUUCUACCUUACUAACUGCUCGGUUUUGUUGGCCUUAAAUGCAACUAGUUUAGCUCAAUGUUUAAACUCGUCUACUUAAGUCUCUGUGUUGAUAUUAGAGUGUAGCAGACCGAUAUUCGAAAUGGAAAAUAAUACACCUUAUAUGAAUCUACUGUUUAGUCAAACUCAGACUCCGGUGGACCUUGAUUCACCCGAACCUUUAUGGUUCGGUAGCCAAGGUCCUAGGGAGGCUGUUGUCCCUCCUGUAGUCGAGCCUGUUGUCGAGUCUGGCGGUGAGUCUGGUCUCAGGAAGAAGUGGUCUCCGAUGGAGGAUAAGAUCCUUAUUGGUGCUUGGCUUAACACCAGUAAGGAUCCUAUCAUCAGCAAUGAGCAGAAAGCUGGUUCUUUCUGGAGGCGGAUUGUAGAUUACUACAAUGCAAGUCCGCAGCUCGUUGGGACCGUACCGAGAGAGCUAGGUUCCUGCAAGCAGAGGUGGGGGAGGAUCAACGCAGAUGUAUCGAAGUUUACAGGAUGUUAUGAUGCGGCUUUGAGGGAGCAGAGAAGCGGCCAAAAUGACGAUGAUGUGAUGAAGGCGGCGUUGGAAAUAUUCUUCAAAACAACCGACUCCAAGUUCACCAUGGAUCACUGCUGGAGGGAGCUGAGGCAUGACCAAAAGUGGUGCUCUGUCUACGGGCCGAAGGAGGGUGGAAAGGAAAAGCGUAAACAAGUGGUUGAUGUUGAUAGAGCAGAAGAGGAAGUCGGCGAACCAGAAGGUCGACCUCCCGGGGUUAAGGCUGCAAAAGCUGGUAUCAAGAAGAAGAAAAGUGGUAGAGAGGAGGAGCUGGGGAAGCUUCAGGGGGUUUUAGCAGUCAAAGAAAAAGUGUCUAGAGCUAAGAUUCUAGAUCGUUUACUCGCGAAGAAGGAGCCUUUAACUGAGAUGGAAACAACUCUAAAAAUGAAACUAAUGUCUGAAAUGCUUUGAUGUAUUAAUGUUGGUUAGAGGUAUUAUUUAUGAUUCCAGUAGUAUAAUGCAUUUGAACUUUACUAACCUUUGUCUUAUUUGAUGUGUCAGGGGUUGAAGUCACGGGUUGAAGUCACGGGGAUCUGGCACGGGUUGAACUCACGGGUGGAAGUCACGGGUUCUUUUCCUCACCUAAUGUAUUAUAAGUAGAACGCAAUGUAGUCUUUAACUUUCUAUCUCGGAGAGGUGUUUUUCUUUAGCCUCAAAACUUGUUUCAUGUUGUUCAAAACUUAUGUUUCCUCUUCUCCUUACGUUUAACUUGUACUACAAGAACCACUUCUGAUUAGGUAUGUAUGAAAUGCUUUGUGUCCUCUUGUUCUUUUUUGUAUGAAAUGCUUGUGUUUAGGUAAUGAAAUAUUUUAUUUAGCUCAUGAACUUGUUUAAUUGAACUCACUGAUAUUAGUUUACUUGUUAUGUUGAAUUUGAGUAGAAUAGAACUUGAAUUUGAAUUAAGCGACUUGAGUAUCACAAGGUAUCACUGGUUUGACUUGAACUUGACUAUCACUGAUUUGAAUUAAUGUUUCAAGGAAGGUAGGGCUUCUCUGUUCUCUGUGACAUUGUGACGGAGAAACAUAUCACAAGGUUAGCAAAAGACCGAACAUAUCACAAGGUUAGCAAAAACAUGUCUUAAUGGAAUUUAAGAUGAUUAGAAAUUGGAUUUUAUGAAAUAAUACCAUAUAAGUUUAAAAUUUUAACAUCUAUAACCAAAAUGAGAAAUAAGAUGACUAGAAAUUGAGAUUUUAUGUAAUAAUACCACUUUAGUUUAAAAUUAUAACAUCUUUAACCAAAUAAAAAAAAUUUGGAAAUCAGAUUUUUUGAAAAUGGGAAAUAAGAUGAUUACAAAAUGCGAUUUUAUGCAAUAAUACCAAUAAGUUAUUAAAGUCAAAAUAAAUGAUAUAAAAAACUAAACUUAAAUUUUUUUUUUAAAGGAGUGAAACCAAAAUGUCCUCAUCAUCAUCAUCCGAUGAAAUCGAUGAAAGAUUGGACGAGGUUCUCGAUGAAAUCGUCGAGGAUGUAUAUAAUGACAUAGUGGAGGCCCAACCGAAUAGGCAAAACACACGGGGUUAUAUUGAACGAGACCGUGAAGGGGGACACACCCGUUUAGUUAAUGACUACUUCAGAGAGAAUGCGACAUACUCGGCACAAUUCAGACGACGUUUCCGCAUGAAUAAGGGUUUAUUCAUGCGUAUCGUCCUUGCCCUCCAGGAGAACUUUGUAUUCUUUCAACAAAGACCAGAUGCAACCGGGAGGUUAGGCCAUUCUCCGCUACAAAAAUGUACGGCGGCUAUUCGACUCCUUGCUUAUGGUACUGGGGCUGACACGGUUGAUGAAUAUCUCCGACUAGCUGAGACCUCAGCACUUUCGUGUUUACAUAAUUUUACUGACGGAAUUAUACAGUUAUUCGGAGACGAGUAUCUACGAGCACCCACACCGGAAGAUCUUCAACGACUACUCGACAUUGGAGAGAAACGAGGGUUUCCUGGGAUGGUCGGGAGCAUUGACUGUAUGCAUUGGGAGUGGAAAAAUUGCCCGACCGCUUGGAAAGGACAAUACGCCCGUGGAUCAGGAAAACCGACAAUUGUCUUAGAGGCUGUAGCUUCCCAAGAUCUUUGGAUCUGGCACGCGUUUUUUGGACCUCCAGGUACCUUAAACGAUAUUAAUGUCCUCGAUCGAUCUCCUCUUUUUGAUGACAUUUUAGAAGGUCGAGCUCCGCGGGUAAAGUACAUGGUCAACGGACACAUUUAUAAGUUGGCGUACUACCUCACAGACGGUAUAUAUCCAAAAUGGUCAACCUUUAUCCAAUCCAUCUCACUCCCUCAGUCACCAAAACAAGAGUUAUUUGCUAAACAUCAAGAAGCAACCCGAAAAGAUGUGGAGCGGGCUUUUGGAGUAUUACAAGCGCGAUUUGCGAUUGUGAGAAACCCCGCUCUUACGUUGGACAAAGCAAAGAUAGGGAAGAUUAUGAGAGCAUGUAUCAUACUACACAACAUGAUAGUCGAAGAUGAAAGGGAUGGAUACAUUCAUUAUGAUAUAUCUGAAUUUGAAGAAGGUGACGUCAUGAGAAGUUCACAGGUGGAAACCGAGAUUCCUACAAUUCUCAAUAAUAUUUUUCCCAGUCGGAAUGAUGUUCGAGAUAGGAGAAUACAUGACCAUCUGAAACAUGAUUUAGUUGAGCAUAUUUGGAACAAAUUUGGUGACGAGGAUUAAAAAUCCUUCUAUCUUUAUGUUUAAUUAUUGUAUUUUUUUAAAAUCCCUUGAUUAUGUUUAAUUAUUGUAUCUUAAUGUUCAAUUAAUGUAUCUUUAUGUUUAAUUAGUGUUUUAAUAUUCAAUCAUCUUAUAAACUCUUAUGUGCAAUUUUUAUAUUUAAUAAUGUUUUUAUUUAGGAAUUUUUCUAUCUUUAUGUUUAAUUAUUGUUUUUAUUUUAAAUUGUUAUAUUUAUAUGUUUAAUUAUUAUUAUUAAAGUUUAUUUCUACUAUUUUAUGUUAGUUAUUCUAUUUAAGAGUUUAAUAUAUAAAAAUUACAUUUCACGAAACAAAAAAAAAAUUAUUUUUUUAUUCCGAAGGAUUCCAAAUUCGGGUUCACCAUUGUACACUCUCCUUUCACAAGAAUCCUUAACUAUUCAAAAAAAAAAAAAAAAUUAUAAUUUAUUCCUAAGGACUCCACAAUGGGGUUCACCAUUGUGGAUGCUCUAAGGUCAUGAUGAUACGGCUACCUUUUUUGAGUCUUUGGUCGGUCCGACAAUCUGUGUGUCUUGUGUUCACUCUGUGUUUGUUUUUGUUUUUAUUUAACAGUGAAAAUCUGAGUUUGAGUCCGUAAUUUUUCCUAGAUCCGGAAUUAUGUUUAAAAUAUUUCGAUUUAGCGAAUAACUCUCCGUAUCAAAGGUGAUUUGAACCCAGAGCACAGGAAAACCAAUCUUUUUGUGUUACCAAUUGGCCACCAACAUCUUAUAAGAAAAUCUCCAAAAAUACACUAUAUUUUGAGGUUUGCAAAACUUUAUAUUUGAAGUUUUAAAAAUAUUAUUUUCAAAAAUUAAAUUUUAAACUUAAUUUCAAAAAUAUGUGUAUUUUAUAUUAUAGUCCUUAUAUUUAUCAUAGUUAACUUAAAUUCAUAAAAAAAUUAUACAUAUUACAUAUAUAAAACUAUUACAAUAAUAUUAAUUAUUAAAAGUUACACUAAAAUAUAAAAUUUAGGUGAAAUACAAAAUUAAAUAUUAAACUAAAAACAAAAUAUUAUAUUUUCCAUAAAACUGUUUCCGUAAGGCUUCUAUAUAUGACUAACUAUUGCAUUACAAAGUAAAAAUGAUUUUCUUUAUUUUUAAUUUGUAGCUUACGAGCCAAAAAUUGUUUAAAUUGGAUAUUCUCAUUUCCGCCAUUUCAACUAUUGCUCCUGCCACUGAUCUUGUAUCCCUAUUGACAAAAAACAUUUAAUCUGUUUGGACAAUAUUUUGGGUAUUUUUUUUUUUGAUAAUCUAGGUAAUCUGGACAUUCCGGAGGAAAUCCAACUAGCGCCUAAGUACACUUCCACAGAAGCAUCUGUUGUAAUAUUUAAAUUUUUGUAAUAGUUAUGUAUCCAUGUACUUUUUUAAAACAUUUUUUUUGUUAAGUUUCUUUCGUGAUAUUAUUAUUUUCUAAAUUUAGU